CGACACGUUGAAGUCGGUGAUAUUUCCCCGGACCUGCACAUAUAAAUUCAGCCAGAUCACUACUCGCAGUGCGGUCCGUAGACCUUUCGGUACUUGAUGCUUAUCAGCCAAAUGCCGUGCGACACACUCGCACUUUGGCUGCAAUGCGUAUUGGUACUUGCUGCAGAGGACGGCCUGUUCAGGAUUAUUGGCUAUGAGUCCCAAACCUGCCAGCCGACUUUGCAGUUCCUCUGGACUCAGCCGAGACCAUCGCGGCCGCGCCGCUCUUCAGUCCUCGUCAGCCAUGGCAGUCGUUACUUGAGCAAGUUCGGCAUUAGCAUACUACGGAUGCAUCUCGUCACGACAACAGGCCAGAGGAUUGUUGCUUGUGCAUACUUUCAUAUUGAUGGAUUUUUCCUUCCUCGACGGGGAGGCAAGCUAUGCUGGGGAACGCGUCUGGGAUCAGUGAAGAAUAGAUCUCACGAGCAAUCGCAAGCCAAUCAUGCUGGGAGCUUGAAAGGAAUGUGCUUCCCAGAACUUUGAUUUGGGCAACGGCUCAACUCCUCCAACACUCUGUUGAGUUGAUGAAUGACUUCACUACAUUGUAUCGUUUCCCGUGCAUGGCUUGUUCAGAAACUUCGGUGCGGGGCUUGUUCAGAAACUUCGGUGCGGGGCUUGUUCAGAAACUUCGGUGCGGAUGCAUUUCAUUCCUUCGCGGGCGCAUGGACCAAACAAAGAUUGAUCCAACUCAGAUCAUCGAGACUUGUUGGUCUCGAGGAUCGCCCCGCGUGAUGAGCGAUCACUGCACCCUUUUAAAAGAAUA